UUUAUAAGUUAUUUAUCAUCCUUUAACAUCAUUUUUUCCAAAACAAUUUCCGAUUUUUAUUCUUUUUAUAUUUAAUUAAAAAAACAAGCAAACAAACAAAAACAAAACCUCUUUCCAUGGAUUUUAAUAACAUGACGUCAUCUGGCCCAACGCGCCCAUUAUUUAAUACAAAAUGUCAUAUGAAGCAAGUGUUCCGAAAAGAAAAUAUGGUCAUAUGCCCUUUUGGCAAAACUUUGAAUGACGUGGCAAAAAGUUAUUGGGCAGCCCAGAAAUGGCAAGACGAUUAACCGCAGAAAGCUGGUUUGGUUCCCUCCCUCCUCGAUUUGUUGUCUCUAUCAGCGAAUCGGAAACUUCUCCCCCGAAUGCUUUGCUCUCGCGCACACACCUGAAAAGCCCACCACCAUAUCCGAAGGCUGAAACAGGAUGGGAAGUCUCGAAGAGCAAUCUACACGGUCGGAGUAUGGCUCCGUGAGAGCGGCCAAGCCAUUGAUCGCCUCGGCUGCCGCCUUCAGGGCAAAUACUAUUUCCAAGAACAAGGCACAUUCCCAAUCUUCAUGUCUCCUUCCUUCACUUCAAAAUUUUAGAUUAGUGCAUUUCCAUGGAUUAGACAUUUGUCUUAUGUUCUUUUGGCUAUAUUAUUGUUUUUUCUGUGUUCUGUAUUUUUGCCGAGAAAGUGGCGGAGAUGUCACAAAAUUUUGAGGUCAGCCAAGUGGAGCUGAUUGUGAAUGAGAUAAAAGCGAAAGGACUUCUCCCUCGAUCUGCGUGACGGAAUGCAUCCCUCUGGAUUGUUCUAGAAUUCCCCUGAUUUUCUUGGCCUUUAAGCUAUUUCAUAUAAUAAUUGAAAGACUGUUUAAUAAGCUUUAUUGAUUGGUUUGUCGUCAAGGGGUAUCGUUUUCUGUGAGUCCUUUUUUCUUUUUUUGUCUUGGUUGUGUUUUCCUGCAAUCGGUGUAUACUUCUUGUACACGGAACGCUCGUUUGAUGGGAUGGAUUCUUCUUGAUGAUGAUGAUGAUGAUGAUGAUGAUGAUUAUUAGCAUGAGUGCAUUGGUUGGAGCGAUCAUGAAGGGGACAGACAGGGGCAUGUCGUGCAUCUAUGCGUGUGAAGUGUGAGCUUAUGAAUUUGUUUGACAAAGCUCCUGUGGUCGCUAAGGAUGCGUUUGUUGCUCCGACUGCAUCUGUCAUUGGGGAUGUUAAGGUGGGACAGCGGUCUUCCAUUUGGUAUGGAUGUGUUGUGAGAGAUUUAUGGGACGAAGGAGGAGGUGGAGGUGGUCAUUGAGGUAUUCAAUUUUGAAGACCCUUCCAAAAUUGAGAGAUAAAGGAGGUGAUGUGAACAGCAUCAGUAUCGGGUCUGGAACAGAUAUAGAAGGCAACGCUCUUGUUCAUGUAGCAAGAUCGAGCUUAAGUGGGAAGGUUUUACCAACUACUAUUGGAGACAAUGUUACUAUAGGUAUGGGCAGGUAAUCCAGCAAGGUUCCUGAGGAAGCCCACUGAAGAGGAGAUUGCCUUCAUUUCUCAGUCAGCGAUAAAUUAUUCCAACUUAGCACAGGUCCAUGCCAAGGAAAAUGCAAAAAGCUUUGAUGAAAUCGCGUAUGAGAAGGUGCUUCGGAAGAAGUAUGCAUACCCUGAGACAGAUUAUGCGGCAUUGGUGAGUGUCGACUGUGAAACACCUCCUGAGCUCAUCCUCCCUGAUAAUAUCCUAUCAGAAAGGCUCCGAAAGGGCACUUAAAGUGAAAUUUUCCGAGGUAGCUCUCCCCUCUUGGGAUCUCAAGUCUAUGGAAAUUUGUUGCCAAUGCAAGGAUAUACAAGCAAAUGGUUAAUUUCUAUCGCCAAUAUUUUUUUUUGUGGGGAGCUCAGCGGGUCAGUGGAGUAACAGAAGAUCAAACUGUCUGGUAUGAGAUUCUGCUCAUCCCUUUCGGUUAAACACAAAGUUGGAUUUUAUUUUUUCCUUAUCCAGGAUGGUCUCAUAAAUCUGUAAUUUGGGACUCCACUGGUUUCCAUGAUUUGACCAGAAAUAAAGAUUGCGGAACUAGGUU